AUGGUGUACACUUCGUUGACUGAGGUUCCUCGCAACCUCAAGGAGGCCAUCGACUGGUUGAUUGCCCUGAAGGGGACUGAUGCGGACAACAACAUAAAUGCUAUGGGAGCUGCACUCUACGAUUUCCUCGCCGAACAGCCUGUUGGCUUGAGGCGGUUGCCGGAGCUCGAGAAAAUAAAACCUAUCACUAGGGCGUUCCUGAUGAACGAGGAGCUGAGGGUUGAACCAUUUGUAAAAGACUUGCUGGGGAGAUUCCGUAGGCCUAUGAACAAGAACUACCACAUACUCCGUCACCGUCUGCUUAUUGUCAACGACAGCGAUUAUAAGAACGUCAUAGAGACCGAGCGCCUCAAACCUCGGGACAUGGCAAAUGGCCUGGGUGAAGUCGUCUUUGGUUGUGAGCGAUUAUUGCAUAAUAUAGCAAACUCUAGGAAGUAUGUGUCUUCUUACAGUUCAGAGGCGACGUGGGCAAAUUCAUGUUCGGCAAAUGAGUACGCUUGCGCAGCGGUCUUGGUAGGGAUUGCACCAAUGUUAUACGCAGGCCUACGUGCUUUGCGCGCUGCAGGCAGUGCUGCAACCCGGGACUCGUCGUGUGAUGAGGACAACCGUGUGGGAACUGUAUUGGAAGCCCUCGGCUACCCAUAUCCCGAGUCCCGCGCUAGCUUGGACAUGAGUGGUGCGGAAGUUCGUACGGCGAUGAAGGCUGUGAAGUUACAUGUAUUGGAAUUCAUUUACGACAUCGCUGGAUUCUGGGCUUUCUAUUGA